GCUCUCCCGCCCUCCCUCCCGAGACACGAGCCCGAACUGGGCGUCAGGUCGGGGAGCCGGUCGGGUUCCCGCUCGCCGCCGCCGCCCCCCGCAGCGACUCUCCCGCUUCUCCCGCCGCGCCGGCCGCGGGAGCUGCAUCGCCAACUCUGCUUGGCCGUGGAGCCGCCGGCCCCGGAGCACAGAGCCCGGGACGCGACACACCGAGCCCCCAAUCACCUCCAGCCGGGGCGACCCCUCUCGGGUCCUCCCUCGCCCUGCGCGGCCGCCGGAGCCCCCAGUCCCGAGCGGCCUCGCGGCCCGGCGCCCGCAUCCCGGCCCCUGCACUCCCGCAGCCGCCGCCCCUCACCCUGAACAUGGACUCCGACUCCUGCGCCGCCGCCUUCCACCCGGAGGAGUACUCCCCCAGUUACAAGAGGCGCAGGACAGUGGAGGAUUUCAACAAAUUCUGCACCUUUGUCUUGGCCUAUGCUGGCUACAUCCCUUAUCCGAAGGAGGAACUCCCUUUGAGGAGCAGCCCCAGCCCUGCCAACAGCACCGCUGGUACCAUUGACAGCGACGGCUGGGACACUUCUUUCACUGACAUCUCAUCCGCGGUGCCCUUGCCAGUCUCUGACCGCUGCUUUGGCCACCUGCAGCCCACCCUCCUGCAGCGAGCCAAGCCUAGUAACUUCCUGCUGGACAGAAAGAAGACUGACAAACUGAAGAAGAAGAAGAAGAGGAAGCGAAGGGACAGUGACGUGCCCGUGAAGGAGGGGUACAUGGGGAGCUUAAUGAAGCUGGAAGCUGCUGAUGCAUAUGUAGAGACCCCCACGAGUCCCACCCUGCAGGAUAUCCCCCAGCCCCCCGGUGACCCCUGCUCGGGCUGGGACUCCGACACGCCUUCCAGUGGAUCUUGUGCCACGGUGUCUCCUGAUCAGGUCAAAGAAAUAAAAACUGAAGGCAAACGGACUAUUGUCCGGCAGGGAAAGCAGGUGGUGUUCCGGGACGAGGACAGCACCGGCAAUGAUGAGGACAUAAUGGUGGACUCAGAUGAUGACUCCUGGGACCUUGUCACCUGCUUCUGUAUGAAGCCAUUUGCUGGCCGCCCCAUGAUAGAGUGUAAUGAGUGCCAUACUUGGAUUCACCUGUCCUGUGCGAAAAUCCGGAAAUCCAAUGUUCCGGAAGUGUUUGUCUGCCAAAAGUGCCGGGACUCCAAGUUUGACAUCCGCCGUUCCAACCGUUCCCGAAUGGGCUCCCGGAAGCUGUUUCUGGACUGACUGCUGGCGAGCAAAGAGACUGUGGAUGAGGAAUCGGAAGGGACAGUGGGCUUUUUGGCCCCUCUCUUAGUUGAGCACAGAACUCUCAGCUCUGGUGCGGGCAGACCCCUGCCAUUCAGGUGCCUAAGCAAAAGGACAGGCUGUCCAAGGUAUAAACUGUACAUAGCCAGUGACUGAAUAAAUCCUUGUUGGCCAAAGCUGCUGCUGGAGCUGUGUUCUCUGCAGUGGAGGUGGACUAAACACCCAAGUGCAGUGGGUUUGGCUCAGCUGAACAUGAGGGUACAUGGUAGUUGUGAAUUCUUGCUCUCAUUGUUAACCAACUCCCGUCGAUUGGAACAAGUGCUAGCUGUUACUCCUGCUUCCUCUGUGUUGGGAGAGGAGGUGUUCAGUUUCCCUGGCCUGUUAAUGAACAGCCAUACUUGUAAGCUUUUUCUCAAGUCUAAGUCUUUUACCAUAAGUGUCCGUACAGCAACCAUCAAAGCUGCCCCUGCCUUUGUGGUCUCCCGUCUCCCCUGCCUCAGUGGCUGCCUGCUGGAGUUCUCUGCUCUCCCUCUGAGAGGAGCCCCAGGGCGGUGGGCUGGCUAGUGAUCCCUAGGUUUCCUUCUGUUUGUUAAAAGGGACAGUAUAUGGCCACUUCUCUGUGGAAAGGGGGUUGGUUGGGGGGUUGAGAGGUAGCCUGUGUUCAUAACUCAGUUUCCUGUUUUGCACGAUGUAAAAAAACCUGUCUUUUUGCACGAUAUAGCCAAAAGUAUUGGCAGAGUUCUGCCUUGGUGCCCUUUCUCUCCAGUUGGCAUUUGAGGUCCUGGGGGUGCCCAGGCAAAGUGUUUUCAAGCGAGGGGGCACUUAGAUUCUCUCCUUGUCUCUUCCCCUUACCUUGUUCCAGUAGCAACAUAAAGGUUAGGCAAUCACUGGGGAAUGGCGUUCCUCUACAUAAUGGGGUAAAGAAAAAUUGGGAGGAAGCCUCUCCCAUGGGUGAUUCUUAGUAUGCCCUCAUACAGGCUGGCCUGCUGGUUCCACAGGGCAAGGUUAGGACUUGAAGCCUUUUCUUUGUUUGAAUUGGUGAGUGAGUGAUACAGUAACGUUGGCCUCCAGGAAUAUCCCACUGAAUUGUGCAGAGUUCCUUAAAUCUGAACUAGGACCCUGGAUUGAGGAGACCCCUACGCAGGUCAGCUCUGGAGAAGCCGGGGAGUUUGCACCUGAAGCCCCUGCAGGGCCCUGCUCGGGGGCCGUGAACCCUGGGAUCCUGGUGGUUUCCAGAGUUCCAAGGAGAGGAGGGCUUCAGUGCUCUCCGAAAUUGACAUGACUUUUUAGCAGUUCAAAUACUUGUUCUCAAAAAUGUUUUUUUUGUAAAUCGAUGGAUGUGUUUUCAUAAACGUUUCUUGUAAAGCAUGAAAAGGGAAAAAUGGCCAGGUUAGUCAUAUUUAUUUACUGCAGGAUGGACCCCUAGUCUCUCUGCCAGGGCCUUCUCCACAGGGCUCACUUGUGUGGGGCCACCAGGCGGACUCCGUCCACAUUCUCUCACUGAAGCACCAAGGGGGUUGAACUGUAUUUGGCUCCUUGGAGCCCAUAUUUUGUCGUUGUAUCUUUCAUGCUUGACCAGCCAACUGCCUUUUUUUUUUUUUAAAUUCUGUGUUUAUAUUAACAGAAAAAUAGAAAUAGUUUCUGAAACCCAGUUUAUUGUGAAGAUCCCCAAGGGAGAAGUUCUGCUAUAGAGAAAAAUAGUGAGAAGCUGGCUUAGAAACAACCUUCUCCCCAGACAACUGUCUGGCUCUGACGAGGGCAAACAUCCAGGAAAAGCUGGAGAGGAAUUUGCCAAAGAUCUGCCCCUGACAUUGCCUGUCCAGUGUCUUCACCGUGAGAAUAGCCAAAGUUCCAAAGUGUUUUUCUCCUUUUCAAAAAAAAAUUCCACAAGGUUUUAAAAGUGCGUUUAAGAGUACGUGUGAUUUUCGGGUGGAAAUGCCAGCGCUGGCGGCUGCUGCAUUACUCUUAGAAGGUGCGGUGCCUGGUGACGCCUCUGCAAGGCAUCGGAUAAUCAUCUCGAUUUCUGUUUCCUUCGUUUUCUUUUGUCCUUCUACCAGAUCUAUCCCUGGGGGUGGUGUCUAAGAAGUCAGGACACCUUGGUUUUGUGUUCCAUUGAGCUGGGCAGCUGCAAUCAGCUUUAUGCAAAUUAGGCAUGGCCCGUCUAGGGGCUCCUGGUUGGUGGCUAAUGAAGUGAGGGGAGAGAAAGAUGUCACCCCAAAUGUAGGCCCCUCCCAUUGGCUUUGGCCCGGCCAGACACUUAACAUCGUUUACAUGGUUCUGUGUAAUGAAGUUUAUGUGUAUAAAGCGAAGCUGUUUCUGUGAAACUGUAUAUUUUGUAAAUAAAUAUAUUGCUACUUUGAGAUUCA